CUUUGGGUUUACUUAUGGAAUGAGUGGUAUAAUGCUGAACGUUGGUAUUUAUGGUUAAGAGCAGGAUGUAAUGAUAAACUUUCAAUUUUUAAAACAAAUAUGUUUGUUGAGGCUCAUUGGAAGGUACUAAAACGUGAUUUUUUAUACAAAUUCUUUCACCCACGCUUGGAUUUGGUAGUGUUUGUCAUAAUGGAACAAUUAAUUCCACUUUAA